AUGGUGUCGGAUGAAUUAACCGAGGAACCGUCUUCCUGGAAUGCCAGAUCCAGUGGUACUGAAGCAGAGGAGGCAGCAUCCUCAUUGAUGAGAGUCAAUGUGAGAAUAACAGAAGGAGGCAUCACUCACGGUUCGGGGGAUGGCGUCCAGCACGCCAUCCAGUCCCACGGAGCUCUAUUGGGACAACAUGAUCAGUUAAUCCGUUCACUACUAGACAACAACCAACAAUUACUAGCUCAGGUCAUCAAGCUAACUGCUGACGUUGCUACUCUGUCAGCCUGGAAUCAUUCUCUCCCUUCUCCUCGGCCUUCCAGCCCUCCUCCUGUCUCCGGAUGUGGUGACUACACCUUCUUGGGAACCCCCUGUAACCUCGCCCAAGCUUUUCACUGGAGAACUGGAUGGGAAGGCCAAGGAAUAAAUUUCACGGAUUCUGAGGAGGCUGGCAAACCGGAAGCUGUCCUGUCCCCCUCCUGCAUUGUGGCUGCAGUCCAGUGGGAGAUUGAGUCCCUCGUCAAAGCUGUUCAAGCAACAGACCCGGGACCAGGAGAUGGACCCCCGAAUUGUCUUUUUGUCCCUGAGGCGGUAAGGGCUCUUACAAAAUUACCAUCUGCCAGUGAGACAGCGGACCUCAUUGUCCAACAUGUAUUCCGUCCCCAUGGAAUACCUGUAGACAUAGUUUCUGAUAGAGGCCCACAGUUUAUAUCGUGUGUGGAAAGUGUUCUGUGCUGCUCUGGGUGUGUCUGUCAUCAGGUUUUCAUCCUCAAUCCAAUGGACAGACGGAGAGAGCAAAUCAGGACCUAGAGGAGUCUCUUCGCUGUGUGGCGGCCCAGCAUCCGACCUCCUGGGCUGAACUCCCGUGGAUAGAGUACGCACACAACUCCCUUACCACCUCUGCCACUGGCCUCUCUCCCUUCGAGGUAGCCUUGGGCUACCAGCCCCCCCGUCUCCUGCUCAGGAGAGGGAGU